AUGGAGGGGCCGCCACAGCUGAUGGCAGGGGCGGUGAGGGAGAUAUGGGAGCUGCCUGAAGGGCCAAGGAUAAUCCAGCCGGUGCUGCAGGUGGUGGACCUGCGCACCGUCACCACCAAGAACCCCGUCGGCCACCAGUCGGAGCGCUACCGCAUGCUGCUCUCCGAUGGUGUCCACUCCCGGCGGUCCAUGCUCUCCACCAACCACAACCACCUCGUCAAGACUGGCGACCUCCGCCAAAGCGCCAUCGUCCACCUCUAG